AUGAGAUGCAAGCAAUCAUUGAUCUACGAAGCCUUUUUACAGCAUCAACAGUUGGGAGGGCGCAAGAAGGUGCCAGUUGUCCUAGGAACUCAUUUGACCAAGGCGUUCCUGCGCACGCACCGUGCCAGACAACAUGCAACUGCAAUUCUGGUUGUUGAUUUGGAAGCCGCCUUUUAUAAGGUUGUGCGACCGCUUGCCCUCUCUGGCUAUUGGGAUGACGAACUUUCAGCCUGCAUGACGGCGCGCCUCAAUUUGCCGGCGGACACUCUCCAUGCACUGCACAACAAUCUGCAACAGCCUGGGGCCACAUUGACGGCUGGGAUGGAUGCACGCUCACGCAGAGCCCUCCAGGCUGUCCAUACGGACACCUUCUUUCAAGUCUCCUCGCAGGAAGACAGAACCCAGACGCACCUCGGAACAAGACCGGGAGAUGCGUAUGCGGACGUUGUUUUCGGGUAUUUGAUGGCUCGUAUCUUGCACAAGUGUCAAGACCAGCUUAGUCAACUACAAGUUCUUUCCGAAAUUCCAGACAUGGAGUCGCCAGUCCUCUUUGGACGUGCAGGCCAUCAGAGACCAUCCCCAGUGCCUUUUGUAGGACCAGUCUGGAUGGACGAUCUUGCUCUUUGCCUCUGGGGCCAAACCACAGAUGCUGUGGUCGCCAAACUUGGAGUUGCAACAGGGGUAUUGUUAGACCUCUUUCGGGAGCAUGCCAUGAGCCCUAACCUCUCGCGAGGCAAGACAGAGCUCAUCCUGACGCCCAAAGGCGCAACCAAGCAGGAGGCGAAGAGACGCAUCGCCAUUGCCAAUGCUUGCUUCAACCGGCAUCGUAGGCUUGUUUUCCAGAAUCAACAACUGCCACUCGACAAGCGCAUCGACUUAUUCCAAAGCCUGGUCAUGAGUAAACUCUCUUACGCCAUGGAAACAUGGAAACUCCAGGACUGGCAGACAAGGGAGUACGUGCAUGCAGCCAUCAUGCGUCUCUACCGACGCCUCCUGAAGGCUGCCCAGAUGAGCGAACAAGCCUGCUGGGGAUUGUUGAAUCAAGACCAAGCCUGGCUCGAUUUGGUGCAAGAUGACUUAGUUUGGAUGUGGCAUCAGUUGGCCAACACCAGUGCGCUGGGCGAUCCGGCACAGCACUUUGAACGCUGGCUGGAAAUCAUGGCGAAGGCUGGUCCGACGUUUUUGUUCGAGAGCACGCAAUGUGGUGCGUGCCUUAAAGAAUAUGUCACGGAUGGAAAAAUGAAGACGCAUUUGAUCCGCUCGACCCCAUGCCGAACAUAUUUGCUAUCACAUGGCGGACGCUACCACCCUGCGCCCGGCCUGGGCUCGAGUGAGGACCAGCAACGCCACAUUGAGCAUGACAACAAACUGCCACCUCUGCAAGCACUGGGACCUGUUCUGCCGCCACCGAGACAGCGUGACUUGAACUUGGUCCAUUGGGACAUGCAUGAUGCCAUUGUGGAGUCGGCCUUGACUCUGGAGGCCGAAGAUGAUUUCAGGCUGGCCUGA